AGAUGUUUUCAUAGUUGGUAAAUCGUCAUGAACCCUUUAUUGCGAUACAUUGUAAUGAAGUAUACCUACUGCAUUCUUAGGUGAAAAAAAAGAAAAAAAAACAUUUUAAAACAUGUCUUUAUAUUUGAGUUUCUUUUUUAUAUUGAGUUUUAACGUGAUUAUUUUCAAUUUGCCCUCAUCGCAUGGAAACGAUACAGGAUAUCAUGUAUCGACAAUAAGUCAAGAACUUACACUUGGUGAAUACUUAACAUAUUUAUUGACUGGUAGUUUACCGAAUAGGUUUAAAUACUCACAUUCAAAAGGUUGUUACGUGAUAAGUGGACAAGCGGGCUUAUAUAAAAAUGACCUAAAAAGAAAGAACGGAAAAGGUUAUAAAGCUAUACCUCGAUGGAAAUAUUACUUGAGUAAACUUUCACCGGUCCAAACUGCAAAGGAUAUAUUAUCUUUGUCAAAAGCUUUAACUGGGUUUGGAGGAAAAAAUUAUGGUGAUUUUGGCAGUUCUGACGACGUUAAUUUAGAUAAUCCAGAUGAUGAUUCAGAUAAUGAUACAGAUGGUGGUCCAAAAAAUGGUAAGAAUAAUGAAAUGUCUGGAAUGUUUCCAACUAAUUUUUUGUCAACACUUUCUGAUACCUUGAAGUGGGGAUCUAAUGAUGAAAAUAUAGAUAACAAAAGUGACAAAAAAGAUGAUGAGAAAGACGAUGAUUCGACAGGUAUAAUGCAAAUGGCUGAAGACGUGCUAGAAAGUGACACUGCCAAAGAAGUUGCCAUGGAAGUUGCAAAAACUGGAAUCGAAUUGCUUGUACCUGGAGGACCAGUGAUUGUAGGUGCAAUAAACAAAUAUGAAGAAUCACAGAAAAAAGCAGAGGCAGUGGAAAACGUAGUCGAUAAAGUGCCCAAAUUCAAAUAAUAUUCAUUUUUACUAUUCAUUGUAAUCAAAAUAUUUUUAAUUUUAAGUCAUACAAAAAAAUGUUGACUAACUUGAAUAUGUUUCCAUGUGUUUAUAAGUAUUACACUUAACAAUAAUUAAUAUUAACUUAAAGAGCAUAAUAUAUGUAUAUAUAUAAUAUACAUAUAUAUUAUGUAUUAUAUAUAUUUUAAGUGUUGAUAAACAAAUAUUAUUCCAAUUAUAUUAAUAAAACAUCAGCAAUAUAUAUUAUUAUUAAAACAUACUUAGACAUUUUAGCAUUGUAUUAUAAUAAUAAUUUGAUUAUAAUAUACUCAAAUAAAAAAAUAUUUAUUUUGCCACACAACCCAACCCUACCUAGUUAAAAAAAAAACUAAUACAUUACACACGACAACAUCACCUUAAAUUAAUAUGAAUAUAAAACAUUUAUACAAUUGAGAAC